UGUUAUUGGAAAAAUGGUGGAUAAUGUCAAUGCAUUAAACUAUAUAGAGCUCACAAGCAAUCCCAUAAGGUUCGAUGCCGUAAGCCAGCUGACCAAUGUCUUCUUCGACGAUUCCAACAAACAAAUAUUUGCUGUACGCUCCGGGGGUGCUACGGGUGUGGUUGUUAAAGGUCCAACAGAGGAUGCAGUCAUAUCUUUUUGCAUGAAUGAUCGUGGCGGCGCCAUACGCUCGAUUAAGUUCUCGCCGGAUAAUCAAAUUUUAGCUGUGCAACGCAAGGAGAACGCUGUGGAGUUCGUCUGUUUUCAGGGCGAACAACCCAUGCUGCAGGACAUUAUCACCCAUCAGGUAAAAACCCUCAUCUAUGGCUUUGUUUGGGUACACAAUCGGGAGUGCGCACUCAUCUCUAACACAGGUGUAGAGAUUUUCUGCGUGCUGCCAGAGAAGCGGCAAGUGCGUUCCGUAAAGGCGUUGAGCAUCAGCAUCAAAUGGUUCGCCUGGUGCUGUGAUGCCAAUGUAGCGCUUCUUUGCACCGCAGAGGGCAACAAUCUGGUGCCGGUACUUGUCAAGCAAAAGGUUAUCACACGACUGCCCAAGGUAGACUUGGGCAAUCCAGGUCGCGAGGUGCAGGAGAGCAAGGUGACAUUGGGUCAGGUAUAUGGCGCAAUGGCUGUGCUUAUUUUGCAGUCGAACAGCAGCACGGGCAUGAUGGAGGUGGAGGUUCAUCUGCUGAAUGGGCCGGGUCUGGCACCCCGCAAGUGUCAUGUGUUGCGUCUGGAUUUGAUUGGACGUUUUGCCAUCAACACCGUCGACAAUUUGAUUGUGGUACAUCAUCAGGCAACGGCAACAUCGCUUUUGUUCGACAUCUCCUUAAGCGGCGAAGUAAUCAAUAAUGUGACCUACCAUGCGCCCAUCACACCAGGUCGUUCCAUCAAACCCUUUGGCCUGAAGUUGCCCUCCCUCUCGCCCGAUGGCCAAAUUCUGCAAUGUGAAUUAUAUUCCAUCAACUGGGUGCUGUUCCAGCCGAACAUUGUGAUCGAUGCCAAGCUAGGCUGCAUGUGGUAUUUAAAUUUGUGCAUUGAUUCUCUUUGCAACAUGCUAUCGGAUCGCAUACGCCUCACGGAGUUUCUGCUGCAGCGCAGCAGUGGCAAACAAGCCCUUUUGAAAACUCUGCGCCAACUGGUGGACGACCAAUACAAGGGCACGCUUUUACCAGUGCUGGAGACUAUUUUCAACAAGAUCAAUAAGAUUUAUGCGUCCUGGGUACACUUGGAGCUACAGAAUCAAACAGCCCAGCCUUCGAAUGUUAAGAGCUCGUCAAGCAAACAAGCUUCGCCACCUAUUGUUCUUAUAGAGCAGGAUGAUAUGCACGCCCAAAUUUUCCAGCCCAUUGCAAAGCGUCCAUAUGCUGAGACUAUAUUGAUGCUUUAUCUGCAAUCCUUAAAUAAAUACAAUAUUGCCGCCCAAGAGGAACUAAGCAAAAUGAUCAUUAGUGAACUUAUAAACAAUCGCAGCUUCGACACGCUACGCCGGCUAGUCAGCUACUCGAUGCUGCUAGAAUCGAAGUCCAUUGCCUGCUUUUUACUUGCCCAUUCCGAUGUGGACACGGCUAUCUCACAAGUGGCGCUGGAUAUGCUCAGUAAAAUUCAAGCCCAUGAGAUAAUUAUUGAAGUAAUGCUUGGUGAGGGCAAGGUAAUUGAUGCCUUGCGUUUAGCUAAAAACUCGAUGGGUAUGGACAAAAUACCAGCACGUAAAUUUCUGGAAGCGGCCCACAAGACAAAAGACGAUCUGAUCUUUCAUAGCGUCUAUCGAUUCUUCCAGAUGCGCAAUCUGCGUCAGUACGAGACGCUGGCGUUCCCCAAGGCUGAGCAAUGUACGGAGUUCAUACAAUACUACAACAGCACUUUUCCACUGGACUGUACAAACAGGCCACCAGUUUGCUAAGCUACUGCCACAAUGAACACAAAAACGGGGGUUUUUGAGAACAUCUUUGUGAUUUAAUAAAUAAUACUUUACAUGCAUAUGUAGAUUUGUAAAUUUACACCGUAACAAUGAGUGGUACAAUAAUUAUAUAUACAGUCAAACGUCUC